AUGGCCCGAGGAGGAGGCCGGCUCCGGGCGGCCUUGCUGGGCCUGCUGGUUUCCUGCUGGGCGGCGCUGGCCUUGGACGUGUCGGUGGGCAAGGCGACCACCAUCUUCCACCAGAACGGCACCGACGUGCUCCUGCCGUGCACCUUCACCGCCUGCAUCGGCUUCGAGAACGCCGAGUUCACCUGGUGGUUCAACGCCACCAAACUGUACUCGGGGAUGGUCCGCAGCAAGAACGUCCGGCCGGUGUGCAAGCUGUGCAACCCGCGCGUGCAGCUGCCCGAAGUCCCGCUGCACAAGGACAGUCGCGAGUACAACCUCUCCAUCGUGCUCCUCUCGGUGGACUUCAGCGACUCGGGCAAAUACACGUGCGCCGUCAAGAACCCCAAGGAGAAGGGCGCGGAGCACAACGCCACCAUCGCCCUGGCCGUGGUGGUGGAGCUGGAGAAGGUGGACAAGACGCUGACCAAGAUCAUCGCGGCGGUGGUGGGGGGCGUCAUCGGCCUCCUCGUCCUCGGCCUCCUGCUCAAGAAGCUCGUCCUCUUCGGCCUCAAGAAGCGGAAGGAGAAGAACAACGAGUGCCUGGUGAGCUCCUCAGGAAACGACCACACGGAGAACGGGCUGCCCGCUUCCAAAGCGGACCAGAAAGCCGCCCCCAAGGCCUGA